AUGCCGACUAAAGAGGACAUCGGUCUGGAGGCAAUCCAGAAGACUCCUGUAACCACGCAGACAGAAGCAUCGCUUUCAGAAGCAGAGAGACAGAUCAUAGACCGACAACUUCAGCCGCAUGUAUCGAAAGUCGGCCUCUCCGGUCUGUACCGAUUUGCUAGUCGCUGGGAUGUGGGUAUUGCUAUUGGGAGUGCGCUAGCUGCUAUCGUUGGUGGUGCUGCUUUGCCGUUCUUUACCAAGCUCAUCAUCGGACAACUUGCGUCUACGCUCAGAGAUGUAUCCACGGGGACGUCAACUAUCGAUCAAUUCAACGAUCAGUUAGCCACGAAUGUCGUCUACUUCAUCUAUCUGGCAAUCGUCGUGUUCGUUACUCUCAGCCUGUCAACAAUAGGCUUCACCUAUACAGGCGACCAUGUCGUCCAGAAAAUCAGAGUCCAGUACCUCCAGGCCAUCCUUCGACAAAACAUUGCAUUCUUCGAUACACUCGGGGCAGGGGAAAUAACGAACCGUAUCAUCACCGACACGAACCAGGUGCAAGAUGGGAUCUCUGAAAAGGCCGCGGGUCUGGUCAGUGCUUUCGCAUCCUUUAUAGCCGCCUUCGUGAUUGCAUACGUGAAAUACUGGAAGCUCGCAUUAGUGUGUACUGCAACACUGGUGGCUAUGGUGCUUACAAUGGGCGGAGGAGCGAUCUCGUCGAUGGUAUUCAACAAGAAAGCCCUUGGAGUCCAAGGUACAGCAAGCAGUUUGGCCGAAGAUAUUUUGGAUUCGAUCAGGACCGUCAUCGCCUUUGGUGCGCAGAAUACCCUGGCGAAGAAAUAUGAAUCGCAUCUCAAGGGGGCGCAGAAUCCUGGAAUCAAAUCACAAGUCAUGAUCGCUUUGAUGAUCGGUGGUCUUGUAGCCGUUAACCAGUUCAACUCCGGUCUGGGAUUCUGGAUGGGAUCUCGGUUCCUGGUGGAUGGGGAGAGCCAUAUAAAGACAGGAGACAUAGUGACAAUCAUCAUGGCGAUUGCACUUGGCUCAUACAGUCUGGGGAAUGUUGCCCCGAACGUUCAAAGUGUGUCGGCCGCUGUUGCAGCAGCCUCGAAGCUGUACGCGAUGAUUGACCGCCAGUCACCUCUGGAUGCAUUGUCUGACGAGGGAAAGAAGCUGACUGCUGUACGGGGGAGCCUUAACUUCCAACAUAUCCGCCACAUCUAUCCUUCUCGGCCGGAAGUUACUGUCUUGCAUGACUUGAGCAUCUACAUACCUGCUGGCAAGACGACCGCGUUCGUGGGUCCAUCGGGAUCAGGAAAGAGCACGCUGAUCGGACUAAUCGAAAGGUUCUAUGAGCCUGUCGGUGGGACGAUAUCACUGGAUGGUCACAAUAUUGAGCAUUUGAACUUGCGCUGGCUGCGACAACAAAUCGCGCUGGUGUCACAAGAGCCUAAAUUAUUUGCAGCCACAAUAUUCGAGAACAUCAAAUUUGGGUUGGUUGGAUCUGAAUACGAAAAUGAGGCGGAGGCUCAAAUCGCCAAAAGAGUGGAAGAAGCUGCCCGAAUGGCAAAUGCCCAUGAUUUUAUCAUGGCCCUCCCGAAUGGCUACGACACGAAUGUCGGCGGAUUCUCCCUCUCUGGUGGACAGAGGCAACGUAUCGCAAUAGCACGAGCAAUUGUCAAAAACCCGAAGAUCCUUCUUCUUGAUGAGGCAACCUCGGCGCUCGAUGCAAAGUCCGAACGGAUUGUACAAGCUGCUCUGGAUCAAGCGUCAAGGGGCAGAACGACCAUCGUUAUUGCACACCGACUAUCUACCAUCAAAGAGGCCGAUAAUAUAGUCGUCUUUGCCGAUGGCCGAAUAGUCGAGCAAGGGUCACAUAGAGAUCUCAUGGGCCUCGGAGGAGUUUAUCACAACAUGGUCAAGUCGCAACAAGUCCAGGCGAGGUUGUCUACUCUUAUGGGCCAAAGAGCAUCAGUGGUUGACCAUGAUUCCCCGGAUGAUGAUCUCCACGACCAGGAUGAGUACAGCGAUUCCGGCUCAGAGAUCGGCCUUAAAACCGGAAGGAUGAAGCGGCGUAAAUCCAGGAUGUCCAUGCUACUUCCUCUGCGCCCGGCCGAGGAGAAGAAACAGGCAUCGCUCGGCACACUCAUGAAAUUCAUAUUCUCGUUCAAUCGUCCUGAAUGGAAGUUAAUGGCCGUUGCCUUUGUUAUCUGCGCUCUUGCUGGUGGAGUGCAGCCAACACAGAACGCGAUCUACGCGAAAGCGAUCACCACCUUGAGUUUGCCGCCGAGUCAAUAUCACAAACUUCGCCAAGAUGCCAACUUUUGGUGUCUGAUGUUUCUGAUGCUAGGCUUUACCACAUUGCUUCUAUUUUAUCUUCAGGGUAUUGCGCUUGCCUACUGCUCCGAGAAACUACUGUAUCGGGCACGGAGCCAAGCAUUCCGAGUCCUGCUGCAUAAGGAGACCUCGUUCUUUGACCAGGAAGAGCAUACUACAGGAUCAUUAGUAGCCAUGCUAUCCACCGAAGCCAAACAGAUGGCAGAGGUAUCUGGAAACACUCUUGGCACUUUGCUGAUGGUCUCUGUUAACCUGGUGGCCUCGAUAGUCGUAGCCAUCGCUAUGGGGUGGAAGCUAGGACUAGUCUGUGUUUCAACGGUCCCGGUACUUCUGCUUGCAGGGUUCCUCCGUUUCUGGGUACUCGGUGAGCUUCAGCGCCGAUCGAAAAGGGCCUAUCAAACCUCCGCUAGCUCUGCAUGUGAAGCCGCCGCUGCGAUUCGCACUGUUGUGUCUAUGACAAUGGAAGGCGUGCUCCUGGAGCGCUACCAGACCCAGUUGCAGCAGCAGCUUCGUGGGGAUCUGAUAUUCCUGGUAAAGUCGUCCAUGCUAUACGCAAGUUCCCAGGCUUUGCCUUACCUCUGCAUGGCGUUGGGGUUCUGGUAUGGUGGAAACUUGCUCGGCCGUGGGGAAUACUCGCUCUUUCAACUCUAUAUUUGCUUCACCGAGAUCAUCUUUGGCGUUCAGGCGGCUGGGAGCAUUUUCUCUAAAGCUCCUUCGAUGAGCACUUCGAAACAUGCCGCCGCUUCUUUUCAAGAUCUCUUCGGACCGGCCCCGAUUAUGAGCCACAAGAGGGAUGGUUUGCCAGUACCUUCUAUAGAAGGGUGUGUCGAGUUUCGCGACGUGUCAUUUGCAUAUCCCACGCGCAUCCAACAGCGUGUAUUGCGGCAUUUCGACCUCACCAUCAAACCAGGGCAGUACGUUGCUAUAGUAGGCGCCAGUGGGAGCGGCAAGAGCACAAUUGUUGCCCUUUUACAGCGAUUCUACAACGCUGUAGCUGGCGAGAUAUGUGUUGACGGUCGAAACAUUGCUUCCCUCGACACGGAAGACUAUCGAAGGCAUCUAGCCCUCGUCGGGCAAGAACCGUCUCUCUUCCAGGGAACGAUUCGGGAGAAUAUCCUCCUCGGGUGCACCCACGCGGACCCCGAUGCCUCUGAAGAAGCGCUCCUAGAAGCCUGUAAGGCAGCCAACAUCAUCGACUUCAUCAUGUCACUACCACAAGGAUUUGAUACUAUUGUCGGAAGCAAAGGUGGCAUGCUGUCCGGUGGUCAAAAGCAACGUAUCGCUAUUGCGCGAGCCCUGAUACGGAAUCCCAAAAUACUGCUUCUUGAUGAGGCUACAUCGGCAUUGGACUCAGAAUCUGAAAAAGUCGUCCAGGAUGCCUUGGAUGCUGCGGCGCAUGGGCGGACAACGAUCGCUGUCGCCCAUCGUCUGAGUACUAUCCAACGGGCGGAUAUGAUCUGUGUCCUCGAUCAGGGAGAGAUGGUAGAGUGCGGGACACAUAAGGAGUUGAUUCAAAAGCGCGGACAGUAUUAUGAAUUGGUGAAGCUGCAGACUUUGGGAUAG